CCAUCUGAAGACGGUUUCAGAAUAUCAAUAUAAAAUAAGGAAAUUUAUACUCCAAAACUAAGCGAGAUAUAUGGUGAAAAUAUAGCUACCCUUAUUAUUUUUAGACACACAUAUCACAGUAUGAAAGUUACAUCCAUAGUAGGUCAAAACAACAAUAGUUUUACUACAGCGAAUCAACAUAAACACGUUUCACAACACACAAUAAUGAUAUUGAAAUAUCCACACAACCCCAUCACACAUUAUCAUCACCAUUGUUUUAUCAUUAUUUUGUAUGUACAUGUAAAUGACGAAUCUCAUAUAUAUGUUUAUGCCAUAACCAUAACACGAUUCUGAUUUAUUAAUGUAAAAUAGGAGAUGGAUUUAGUGCUAGCACUUGUUUCCGAAUCCUAUUCAUUUUGCAUAUGUUUGUAUUUUUCAUAUAAUGCUUCAUUUAAUAAAUAUAGUUUAAACCAACACACAAUCAGGGCAUUAAUGUUUGUGCUAUACACAACUUUUCCCCGCAAUUACGUCACAGUUGCUGAGUGCAGACAUUAUCGGUCACGUGACGCAUCCGUCAUUACAACCGUGAAACCGUGAGCGUCCUUAGAAAUGUACACAGGUGGAGGUGGAGAAUCGCGUGCGGUUUUUAACUGCACUAAUAACAGAAAGAAACUGUAUUUAUGGAAGCAAUCUAUAUGCCAAGAACAUGGUGAUAUUCCUCACAAAGAUUGCCCCUGCGUCGUGCCAUACAGCCUACACACGAUGCCGAAAAUAGAAGAAGAGAAACUGAAAUGGGUGCGGGCAUUACAUCGACACGAUUUGCCAAAGAAUGUGUUGGUGUGUUCAACGUAUUUUAUUGACGGGCGACCAACAGCACAAAACCCAACACCCAGUCUUAAUUUAGGUUAUAAAGCUCUCGUCAAAGUUGGCCGUCGACUUCUGAAGAGAAAGUUUGUUGCACAGAAAUUAGAGAUGGUGGGAACAGAUGGCUUUUACGAAAGGUAAAGACCAACUUUCAGAAGAGGAUGUAACAGAGACGAGACGAAUUGCCACUGUACGGAUUCAUGUGGAACGGGCUAUUAGACGUUUAAAAGUGUUCCGCAUACUUAGUCAGGUAGUUCCUGUUACCUCUGUUAAGAAACUCAGUGACUACUUGAUUGUUUGUGCUGCAUUCGUUAAUCUGAGAUCUGACCUUAUCAAAGAUAAAGAUGAUAACUGAUAGUUAUGCUAAAAUUUUAAACUCUAGUCAGCUUCACUAAUGUUAAUGAUGCAUGCAUUAACAUAUUGUAAUAUGAUAUUAUGUAAUAAUUCCAAUGUUAUAAGUUAAAACUGUUUUGAUUGGACAAAAAUAAAGCUGAACGAUUGUUUACACAUCAAUAAAUCCGAAAACGCGAUGUAUUCAUACACGCCUGAAAACAAAUAACAUAGUGCGGGGAAACUAUUCAAAUGUUUUCAAUUGUUACUAAAGUGAAUAAAUUGGAAUUAUAAGAAUCAAACAAUCUUUUAAAAGAAUUUAUCGAUGUGUAAACUCCGGACAUUUUACUCACAAACUUAACAUAAAAGUGCUUCACACUUUUAUUCAGUUUGUGAGUAAAAUGUCCGGAGUUUACACAUCGAUAAAUUCUUCAAAAAGAAUGUUUAAUCCUAUACAAGUUCAUAAUGUUUUAUUUUUUCACAGCCUUGAAAUGUCUUAAAUGCCAAUGUAUUUUGGACAUAUAUUUGAUUAAUCUUUGUAAAUUACAACCAUAUUUGGAAAUUCAGUAUCAUUGAUAUGAUAUACUGUACAUUAUAGUAAUACUAGCUAUAAGUUUUUGGUGUAGAAUUUUUUUGUUGCAAAAUUGCAUAGGCUUUUAAUGAAGCAAAAUUACAUUAUUGUCUUCCCGAACAAAAAUUGAUUUCUAUAUAUAAUGCUUUAUAUUCAAUAGAACCAAAAUCCUUAUUUUGAUGAAAUCUUGAACUUAAUUUUGAUUUUAUCAAUGACUAUGGUUAAAGUUGCAUACAAAACUAACAUAAUAGCACAUAUUUACAACAAAAUAAAACUUUCAGAUUGAGAGCUAUCAUAUUUAUUAUCAAGAUAUUUGUGUAUGAUUAAAGUUAAUACU